AUGGAUGCACUCGCAGAAAAGCUUGAGGAGGGGAAGCUGUACCUUCAGCGACCGAUCAAUGAAGUUUUGCCGCCGCGCCUCCUCCUCUACCUGCUUCCACCGGUACCUCCAUUGCGGUUCGUCUUGGCAGCUUUGGCGCUAACUCUGCUGCUCGUUCUCAGAGUGUGGUUUCUACUCCCGGGCAGAAGAUCCGCACAGUCUCCGACAAGUCGUUCGAGCCGCGACGCAGGUACGGCGAAGCAUCGCAGCCAUGGAGUCGCCGUCUUUCUCGGAUCCGGCGGACACACAACCGAGCUUCUGCAGCUCGUAUCGGCACUUCCGACGCAGCGCUACACUCGUCGGAUCUACCUUGUCUCCUCCGGCGACCAUUUCAGCUUGGAAAAGGCGAAAAAGCUCGAAAAGAAGCUCUCGUCGUCCUCUUCGAGCAGCGAUUCACAAGAUCCGCCCGACGCCAAAGUAAUCCAGAUCCCGCGCGCAAGAAACGUUCAUCAGAGCUUCCUUACCACACCUAUCACACUGGCCAAGAGCAUCGUUUUCUGCGUAGACCAUGUCUCGCUCCGUCCGCUGCUCAGACGCGUGAAGGGAGGCGACGGCAUCUUGGCAGAUGUCAUUCUGAUGAACGGUCCAGGCACUUGCGUCCCUAUCGUCGCUGCCGUCUACCUCCUUCGAGUAAGUCACUGUUCCUUUGUUCUUUGGCUUAGUCCUACGUCAACGCUUUCUGACCACCGUUCUGCUUGCUUGUUGAAACAGAUCGCUGGACUUCGUUCACCGAAACUCAUCUACGUCGAGUCGUUCGCUCGAGUCAAAAGCUUGUCGCUCACGGCAAAGUUGAUACGACCCUUUGUCGAUCGAUUCGUCCUCCAGUGGCCGCGCGAUGCAUCCAGUACUCCACCUCACAUCCGAGCAAAAGCAACCCCAAACACCGUCUAUUCUGGCUGGCUCGUGUAG